UCUGGAGGCAAGACUGGAAGUCUCAAGUCACACAAGAUCUCUCUGGCAUAUAGCUCAAGAACAAUCAAGGGGGUAACGACUUUGUUGAAGCCGGUUCUGAUGGAUGUCCAUCGCUUUCCUACUGCCUUGACCUGCCCUCCGCCGUUUCUCGGCUUACUUGGCCGAGCCGCUUCCACCGCCCUUCGCAUCUUGGAGCACCAACUUUCGUUGGACCUUGUUGAAACAUUUAGCUAAUACUUCACGGUCUAGCCUUUUCCCCUCUAUUUUACUAAAUUCCUGAUUCCUUUGCUCUAUCUCUCUUCUAUUUUACCCGAUCAUGGCGGUUUUUGGAUGAUUGCUUAUGUCCCCGAUUACUGAGCGAUCACUGUUUCGUCUUGUAUUUGUAUAAGCAUGUCGGAUUCCACUUCCCUGCACGGGACGGGCCAACACCGCUCGGUGCGGGACCGAAUAUUUGAUGUCUUUCGGACUUCUUCCUCAACCAGUUUUGCAGCUAUCCCUGAGGUAGACCCACGGAACUUGCCGACAUAUACUACGGAAGAACCCGAUGCUAGAACUCGUCUGCUGGAAUCAUACCAUGACGGGGAAGCUGUGUGCGGACAGAAGGUUUGUCGCCAUGGCACUUUUUCCCCGAGACCAGAGACACAACAUGGCGUCUUGGGAUGGAGCGCCGGAAGGUCAGACCUUUCGGGCGGUUCCAGUGGGAACUCCGGUGGUGGACAUGGACCAGACAACCUACGCUCGUUGGAGUCAUCGACAUCCGGAUUACCUGUGAAGAAUCGCAACGCACUUUACCUCUCGUAUUACAUCCCAUUUUUCAAUUGGAUUGGCCAGUACCAAUGGUCCUUCUUCCGAGGGGACCUCAUCUCGGCAUUGACUGUUGCAUCAAUCUAUAUUCCAAUGGCACUCUCCUUGUCGUCGAACCUCGCGCAUGCGCCGCCCAUCAAUGGUCUCUAUUCCUUCGUGAUCAACCCCUUCAUCUAUGCCGUCUUGGGAAGCAGCCCUUUACUGGUCGUUGGCCCAGAGGCAGCAGGGUCAUUGCUCACCGGUACAAUCGUCAAAACGAGUGUUCGACAAGGAAAUUCGCAUGAGGAUAAUGGUGCUGAGAAUGCCAUGGUGGUAGGAGUAGCGACUGCCAUGGCAGGCUCGAUGAUCCUGAUUGCGGGACUGACUCGUCUGGGAUUUUUGGAUAACGUCCUCAGUCGGCCUUUCCUGAGAGGAUUCAUCACCGCCAUUGGCUUCGUUAUCUUCGUGGAUCAAUUGAUUCCGGAGGCUGGGUUGGCAGAGAUGGCGAAAGACGCCGGGGUCAGUCACGGCAGUACUGUGGACAAGCUACUGUUUUUCUUCCGAAAUAUCAGGAACUGCCACCGCCUCACAGCCGCAAUGUCUUUCAGCAGCUUCGCCAUUAUAAUGGUCUUCCGAACGUUGAAAAAGAAACUGCAACCGCGCUAUCCUCAGGUCGUUUACUUUCCAGAUCGCAUCUUGGUGGUCAUUCUUGCGGCGAUUCUGACGUGGCGUCUGGACUGGGAUGAGAAAGGGCUCGAAAUCCUGGGUCCCAUGAAAAAUACAGGAAAUGGCGUCUUUGAGUUCAAAUGGCCUUUUCAGUUCAGUCAUAUGAAGCAUGUUCGCACGGCAAUGAGUACCUCUUUCAUUAUCGCGCUGCUUGGCUUCUUUGAGUCCUCUGUAGCCGCGAAGGGACUCGGUGAGAGCAGGGGAGACGGCGUUAAGGGUCUGACGGUUAGUCCCAACAGGGAGAUGGUGGCUCUCGGCGUGGCCAAUGUGGUUGGGGGGUGCUUCAUGGCCCUACCUGCGUUUGGUGGGUACGGAAGAAGUAAGGUCAACGCUUCCACUGGAGCUCGAAGUCCUAUGAGCAGUAUCCUCCUGAGUCUCAUUACUCUGGUCUGCAUUCUAGUCCUUCUUCCUUAUUUAUAUUACCUUCCGAAAGCGGUCCUUUCAGCAAUGAUCUCUGUUGUCGCCUUUUCACUGAUUGAGGAAUGUCCUCAUGAUCUGGCCUUCUUCAUCCGUCUACGCGGUUGGACUGAAUUGGCCUUGAUGCUUCUCAUCUUCGCCUCAACGAUCUUUUAUUCACUCGAGUUGGGGAUCGCGCUUGGCAUCGGGCUUUCGGUCUUGAUAUUAAUUCGGCACUCAACUCAGUCGCGCAUUCAGAUUCUCGGAAAGAUACCGGAUACGGGUCGAUUCGACAAUGCCGAGCUCCAUCCCGAGGAUGUCCAAUUGAUCGAGGGCGCCCUUAUCGUCAAAAUUCCCGAGCCUCUCACUUUUGCCAAUACUGGCGACCUUAAGAAUCGCCUACGCCGUUUGGAACUAUAUGGUUCGAGCAGAGUGCAUCCAUCCUUCCCUCGGAUGCGCUCUCCCGAGAACAAUAAGAAUAUCAUCUUCGAUGUCCAUGGUGUCACUAGCAUUGACGGAUCUGGCACUCAGGUUCUUUUCGAGAUAGUGAACGGAUACGCGGACCAGGGAACACGCGUGUUCUUCUGCCGUCUUCCCAAUCGCGAUGUCUUUCGAAUGUUCGAACGAAGCGGUAUUGUGGAACAAUGUGGAGGAAUGACCCAUUUCGUCCCCAGUGUGGAUGAAGCUCUCAAACUGGCCGAAUCUGAAGAGCAGACGGUCGAAAGCUGAAGUGGUUCAGGAUAGAGCAAUCAGUCACACGGCCAAACAACCUAUCUCAAUUUGACCCUCACGAUGUAUUAAACGAAUGAUGAUUCUGAAUAUAUUCCCAGGCAGCAUGCUGUAUUUAUAGAUUCUUGAAAAGCAUGGAGCCAGCGCAUUGGAUCGUCGGAUAGGGUUGCGACUUUCUAUCCUCCGUAGUUGUGAAGUACAUAGACGAGCAAGCACUUUUUUGAAUG